AGAACCACCACACCACGUCACGCGGAGGAAACGCGUCACUCCGUCGCCGGUGACGUGGCCGCAGGGAGAAGCUCUUCCUGGUCGUCACGCCAGGCUCCGCCGCUCCGGGCUCCUCCAUCCAGCGGAGAUCCCUGAACACAUUUACACAAACUCCCGAACACACACGUGUGGCAGCAAACAGCGCGUCGUGCUGCGGCGUGUGUUGAAGACAGGGAGCCGCUAACGUUAGCCGCUAACUGCCGCCGGACAUGGACACGCACGGCAACACGAACAAGAAGCAGAAGCGGAGCAACGCCGCUGAAAGCUGGGGAAUGCAACGUGCAACUAAUGUCACCUAUCAAGCUCAUCACGUGAGCCGAAACAAGCGCGGGCAGGUUGUGGGAACAAGAGGAGGGUUCAGAGGAUGCACUGUUUGGUUGACUGGUCUGUCUGGUGCCGGGAAGACCACAGUGAGCAUGGCUCUGGAGGAGUACCUGGUGUGUCACGGCAUUCCCUGCUACAGCCUCGACGGGGACAACAUCCGUCAAGGAUUGAACAAGAACCUGGGUUUCAGCCCAGAGGAUCGAGAAGAGAACAUUCGACGCAUUGCUGAGGUGGCCCGGCUUUUUGCUGAUGCUGGGCUGGUCUGCAUCGCCAGCUUCAUCUCUCCCUACAGCAGGGAUCGCGUCAAUGCGAGGAAGAUCCAUGAGGCUGCAGGGCUGCCUUUCUUUGAGGCAUUUGUGGACGCUCCACUGGACGUAUGUGAGCAGAGGGACGUUAAGGGACUGUACAAGAGAGCUAGAGCGGGCGAAAUAAGAGGUUUCACUGGAAUUGACUCAGAGUACGAGAAACCAGAGGCUCCAGAGCUGGUGCUGAAGACUGACUCCUGCAGCGUGAACGAGUGCAUACAACAGCUGAUUGACCUGCUUCAGGAGAGGGACAUAGUUCCUGUCGAUGCAUCUUAUGAAGUGAAAGAGCUGUACGUUCAGGAGAACAAAUUGGACCUGGCUAAGGCUGAUGCAGAGACUCUGCCUGCUGUGCAGAUCAGCAAGCUGGACAUGCAGUGGGUGCAGGUGCUGGCUGAAGGCUGGGCCACUCCUCUGAACGGUUUUAUGAGGGAGAGAGAAUUCUUACAGUGUCUCCAUUUUGACUGUCUGCUGGAUGGUGGCGUCAUCAACCUGUCAGUACCUGUAGUGCUGCCAGUGUCUACCGCAGAUAAAGAGCUUUUGGAUGGUGUGACGGCCGUGGCCCUGGUCUACGGAGGCAGGCGAGUUGCCAUCCUUCGCAACCCUGAGUUUUAUGAACACCGCAAAGAAGAGCGCUGUGCUCGUCAGUGGGGCACAACUUGCAAGGACCACCCCUAUAUCAAGAUGGUGAUGGAGAGCGGGGACUGGCUGGUCGGCGGAGACCUGCAGGUUCUGGACAGGAUCUACUGGAACGACGGACUCGACCAGUACCGGCUGACACCCACUGAGCUGAAACAGAAGUUUAAAGAAAUGAAUGCAGAUGCUGUAUUUGCCUUCCAGCUCCGCAACCCGGUCCACAAUGGCCACGCUCUUCUGAUGCAGGACACACAUAAGCGUCUCAUUGAGCGAGGCUACCGCCGGCCCGUGCUGCUGCUCCAUCCACUGGGAGGGUGGACCAAGGACGACGAUGUGCCGCUGCCUUGGCGAAUGAAGCAGCAUGCUGCUGUGCUGGAGGAGGGCGUCCUGAAUCCAGACUCCACCAUCGUUGCCAUCUUUCCUUCACCCAUGAUGUAUGCGGGACCAACUGAGGUUCAGUGGCACUGCAGAUCUCGAAUGGUUGCUGGUGCCAAUUUCUACAUUGUGGGCCGUGACCCUGCAGGGAUGCCCCACCCUGGCACAGGGAAGGACCUGUACGAACCCACUCACGGGGCCAAGGUCCUCACCAUGGCUCCCGGUCUCAUCACCCUGGAGAUUGUGCCCUUCAAGGUUGCUGCUUACAACAAGGUCAAAAAAGCGAUGGAUUUUUAUGACCCUAAGAACCACCAAGACUAUGAUUUCAUCUCAGGUACACGCAUGCGGAGGAUGGCUCGCGAGGGAGAGAAUCCUCCAGAUGGCUUCAUGGCGCCAAAGGCCUGGGCCGUGUUGAAAGAGUACUACAAGUCACUGGAGAAGGCCUAAAGGUGGAGUGUGUGAGGAAACAACUCGGGAACACAGUGGUUUCUACUGAUGUUUAAAAUGAGAGACAUGCGGACCACUCAGCUUCUAUCAAACACCACGCUCCAGCUUCUGUCAGCUGUUUUUAGUCUUACCACGUUUGUGUUUUUAACUGUUCCGUACUUUAUUUACCUGAACUAAAAAAUAGGACGUCUUCAUAGUAGAUGUUUGUGUUUCUCACUGACCUUAUGACCUAUAUUCUGUUGACUGGUUUAAAAAAAAGAUUUUUAAAGAUGGAGAUUUGUAUCGGCACGUGUGGAAAGCGCUGUUGAUCAGUGCUGAGUGAAUGUUGCAUAUUCAGAGUUUGCGUUACCACCGAACCACAAAUUGCUUCACACUGUACGUUUGCGAGUGGCAGAGGCAAAUUACUCCAAAUGUGGCGUUCACAAGUAUUUGAUGUAAAAAGUUGAGUGCCUUGGUCUUUAGAAAGUGAAUUCACAUGUUGUCUUGUUUGAAUCAGGAAAACAAACACCUGCUUUUUGUCCCACCUGUUGCUAGACGGAAAAUGUCAGUUCAGGAGAUGGUCUGCAAAACAGAUCAGCAUUAAAGAGGAUUUUAUUGAGAUAUGAACCCUAACCUUCCUAAACUUCUUAGAAUAUGUCUAACAUUUCAUAUUUAUUCUCCCUACAUUUAAAGUUCUUCUCAUUUUAACUGUGGUGUGCAUGUAGUCUCUGAGCUUUAAGCUUCUCACUCAACAGUUUUGAUGUUUCGUUAUGUUUUCAUCAUGUGUUUAUUUUUUCUUCUCAUGGGUUACUAACAUUUUCCAUACGGUUAUUCAUUUUUAAGUCCGCCUGUAUAAUCAGAUGGUUACCAUCGUGGGAUCAGAUUUGUAAUCUUCCUUAUCCAAUAAACCUUUUUUUUUUAGCAGAAAAGAA